CUGAGACCCACUCAUGAGCUCUGCUGCACUCGCACUCCGACUGGGACUCGCACCGACUACACACUUGAGGAGGCUCGACUCGUAGGAUCAUGGAUACCCUGACAGCAUGGGCCGUCACUAACCCGGCUGUGGCCCGGCUCCUCUGGGUCCUGGUUCUGGUUCUGGCCACCCUUCUGGUCUGGCUCUUCUUCUUCUGCUGCUACACAUGGAAUCAGAGCUCCUCACCGUCCCUGGAGAGGUACCUGGCAGCGAUGGCCAAGCAGUCCAAAUCAAAAGCGCCGACUCAGAGGAAGAAAAAGCCCAAAGAGAAGCCACUUGUUUCUGUCCAUGCAGAGGAAGUGGUGGUAAAGGAGUCUCCGGCCCUUGGGAAGGAGCCACCGUGUCCAGCGGUGAGGAAAAGGAAGAGGCGUCCACCCAAAGCUGCCAUGGAAACAGUGACCACACAAAAGACUAUGGAUGAGGUGAAGGACAAGCCCAAGAGGAGGCCUCUGGUGAGGGCUGUGUCGGAGGAAAGCGCUAGUGAUCUAAGCUCCAUCAGCUGUUCUCCGUCACCCGGGGAUACGCUGCCCUGGAACCUCCCUAAACAUCACCGCAUCAAACGCUCCAAGUCGGCCUCUGGAGAUGUACUGGACCCUGCAGAGAGGGCCGUCAUCCGCAUCGCAGAUGAACGGGACCGAGUUCAGAAAAAGACCUUCACAAAAUGGGUCAACAAACACCUGGUGAAGCACUGGAAGGCAGAGGCCCAGAGACACAUCACCGACCUGUACGAGGACCUCAGAGAUGGACACAACCUGAUCUCCCUGCUGGAGGUGCUCUCUGGAGAGACACUGCCGAGGGAACGUGACGUUGUGAGGAACGUGCGGUUGCCACGGGAGAAAGGCCGAAUGCGCUUCCACAAGCUGCAGAAUGUACAGAUCGCCCUGGACUUUCUCAAACACAGACAGGUCAAACUCGUCAACAUCAGGAAUGAUGACAUUGCAGAUGGAAACCCAAAGCUGACCCUGGGGCUGAUAUGGACCAUCAUCCUUCACUUCCAGAUCUCCGACAUUCAGGUGAACGGCCAGUCGGACGACAUGACGGCCAAGGAGAAGCUGCUGCUGUGGUCUCAGCGGAUGGUGGAGGGAUACCAAGGCCUGCGCUGCGACAACUUCACCACCAACUGGAGGGACGGCAGGCUCUUCAACGCCAUCAUCCACAAACACAGGCCCACUCUGAUUGACAUGAAUAAGGUGUACCGGCAGACCAACCAGGAGAACCUGGAGCAGGCCUUCAGCGUGGCAGAGCGGGAGCUGGGUGUCACCAGACUGCUGGACCCUGAGGAUGUGGAUGUCCCCCACCCUGAUGAGAAGUCCAUCAUCACAUACGUCUCCUCUUUGUACGACGUCAUGCCCAGGGUACCCGACGUUCAGGACGGCGUUAAGGCCAACGAGCUGGAGCUGCGUUGGCAGGAGUACUACGAGCUGGUCACCAUGCUCCUGCAGUGGAUCAGACACCACAUCCUGGUCUUUGAGGAGAGGAAGUUCCCCACCAGCUACGAGGAGAUUGAGGUUCUUUGGAGACAGUUUCUGAAGUUCAAGGAGACGGAGCUCCCUGCGAAAGAGGCCGACAAGAACCGCUCCAAACACAUCUUCAAGUCUUUUGAGGGUGCAGUCCAGGCAGGACACGUCAAAGUGCCCCCUGGUUACCAUCCCUUUGACGUGGAGAAGGAAUGGGGCCGUCUGCAUGUGGCCAUACUGGAGCGAGAGCGUCUCCUCAGGACAGAAUUCGAGAGGCUGGAGCGACUUCAGCGGGUCGUCAGUAAGGUCCAGAUGGAGUCAGGUGUGUGUGAGGAGCAGCUCAACCAGGUGGAGACUCUGCUGCAGACGGACGUGAGGAUGCUGAGUUCAGGUAAACCUGCUCAGCACACAGCAGAGGUGGAGGCAGAUCUGGAAAAAGCAGAAGGAAUGAUCCGCUUCCUGUUCAACGACGUUCAGCUGCUCAAAGAUGGACGCCACCUCCAAGCCGAGCAGAUGUAUCGCAGAGUGUACCGUCUCCAUGAGAGGCUCGUGAACCUCCGGAGCGAGUACAACCUUCGCCUGAAGUCCGGUGUGACGACCGCGCAGAUCCCCAUGACUCAGAUCCACACCUCCCAGGUCCAGGUCCUGCAGCAGGCCCCCAUGAGGGUGCGUCCUGAGCUGGAUGAGGUCACCAUGCGCUACAUCCAAGACCUGCUGGGAUGGGUGGAGGACAACCAGCGGCGGGUGGACGAGGGGGAGUGGGGCUCUGACCUUCCCUCUGUGGAGUCUCAGCUGGGCAGCCACCGAGGCCUGCACCAGUCUGUGGAGGAGUUCCGCUCCAAGAUCGACAGAGCGAAGGCCGACGAGAGUCAGAUCUCCCCCGUCAGUAAAGCUGCAUAUCGCGACUAUCUGAGCAAACUGGAGCUGCAGUACGGCAAGCUUCUGAAUGCCUCUAAAGCCCGUCUGCGAUACCUGGUGGAGCUUCACGCCUUCGUCACCGCAGCAACCAAAGAGCUGAUGUGGCUGAAUGAGAAAGAAGAGGAAGAGGUGAACUACGACUGGAGCGACCGCAACACCAACAUGGCCGCCAAGAAAGACAACUACUCGGGUUUGAUGCGGGAGCUGGAGCUCAGGGAGAAGAAGGUGAACGGAGUCCAGGCCACAGGAGACAAACUGUUAAGAGACGGACACCCUGGUAGAAAAACCAUAGAGGCCUUCACCGCCGCCCUGCAGACCCAGUGGAGCUGGAUCCUUCAGUUGUGCUGCUGCAUUGAAACCCACCUGAAAGAAAACACAGCCUACUUCCAGUUUUUCAAUGAUGUGAAAGAGGCGGAGGAGAAGAUGAAAAAGAUGCAAGACACAAUGAAGAGGAAGUACACAUGUGACCGCUCCAUCACAGUCACACGGCUGGAGGAUCUACUGCAGGACGCAGCGGAUGAGAAAGAGCAGCUGGCUGAGUUUAAAACUCAUCUGGAGGGCCUGAAGCGUCGGGCUAAAACUGUCAUCCAGCUGAAACCACGUAACCCGGCCACGCCCAUCAAAGGCAAACAGCCCAUUCAAGCCGUCUGCGACUUCAAACAGAUGGAGAUCACAGUCCAUCGAGGGGACGAGUGCGCUCUGCUGAACAACUCGCAGCCGCACAAAUGGAAGGUACUGAACGACAAAGGCAGCGAGGCGUCGGUCCCGUCCAUCUGCUUCCUGGUUCCACCGACCAAUAAGGACGCUGUGAACGGUGUCGCAGGACUGGACGGGAAUCUGCAGAAGCUGCAGACGAUGUGGCAGACCAUGUUUGUGGACAUGAAGAGUCUGUUGUCAUGGCAAUAUCUGAUGAGAGACAUCCACAUCAUCAAGACCUGGAACAUCUCUAUGUUUAAGACUCUGAGGGUGGAGGAGUACCGGCUGGCGCUCAGGAACCUGGAGCAGCACUACCAGGAGUUCUUGAGGGACAGUCAGGACUCCCAGAUGUUUGGGGCCGAAGAUCGGAUGCAGGUGGAGUCGAACUACAACAAAGCCAACCAGCAUUACAACACACUGGUCAGCUCUGCAGAACAAGGCUACGAGCCUCCCAAAUCAGGAGAGCAAGAUGAGACGGUUUGUAAGACGUACCUGACCAAGAUCAAGGACCUCCGUCUGAGACUGGAGGGGUGCGAGAAUCGGACGGUGACCCGCCUCCGUCAGCCCGUGGACAAGGAGCCGCUGAAGGCCUGCGCCCUGAAGACGGCCGAACAAAUGAAAGUCCAGUCAGAGCUGGAGGGUUUGAAGAAAGACUUGAACUCCAUCGCCGAAAAAACCGAAGAGGUUUUGGCGUCUCCUCAGCAGUCGAGCUCCGCCCCGAUGCUGCGCUCAGAACUGGACGUCACGCUGAAAAAGAUGGACCACGUCUAUGGACUGUCCUCCGUCUACCUGGACAAGCUGAAGACCAUUGAUGUCGUGAUCAGAAACACCGCCGAUACAGAGGAGACGCUGAAGGGUUAUGAAACUCGUCUGCGUGAUGUUAACAAAGUGCCUGCUGACAAGAAGGAGGUGGAAGAACAUCGCAGUCAGCUGAAGAAAAUGCGUGCUGAGGCAGAGGCCGACCAGGUGAUAUUCGACCGCCUGCAGGACGAGCUCAAGGCGGCGACGGCCAUCAACGACAAGAUGACCCGCAUCCACAGCGAGCGCGACGCCGAGCUGGAGCAUUACCGUGUGCUGGUCAGCGGUCUGCUGGAGCGCUGGCAGGCCCUGUUCGCACAGAUGGACCUGAGGCAGAGGGAGCUGGACCUACUGGGGCGUCACAUGAACUCCUACAACGACAGCUACGACUGGCUGAUCCGCUGGCUUGGAGAGGCCAGGACGAGGCAGGAGAAGAUUCAAGCAGUUCCAGUUGGAGACACCAAGGCCCUCCAGGAGCAACUGGUGGAGGAGAAGAAACUCCUCGAAGAGAUUGAGAACAACAAGGACAGGAUGGAGGGCUGCCAGAAGAACGCAAAGGCUUACAUCGAUUCAGUCAAGGAUUAUGAACUUCUGCUUUUGACGUACAAAGCCCUCCAGGAUCCCAUCGCUUCUCCUCUGAAGAAACCCAAAAUGGAGUGUGCGUCUGAUAAUAUCAUCCAAGAGUAUGUGACUCUGAGAACUCGCUACAGUGAGUUGAUGACUCUGACCAGCCAGUAUAUUAAGUUCAUCAUAGACACACAGCGCCGCCUGGAGGAUGAUGAGAAAGCUUCUGAAAAACUUAAAGAAGAGGAGAGGAAAAGGAUGGCAGAGAUACAGGCUCAGUUAGAUAAACAGAAACAGUUAGCGGAGGCUCAUGCUCAAUCUGUGGCCAAAGCAGAGCAAGAAGCUCAAGAGCUGAAGUCCAAGAUGACAGAAGAGGCCAGCAAGAGGCAAGAUGUGGCUGUGGAUGCCGAGAAGCAGAAGCAAAACAUACAGCAGGAGUUGAACCAACUAAAGAGUCUGUCAGACCAGGAGAUCAAGUCCAAGAAUCAGCAACUCGAGGAGGCACUGAUCAGUCGCAAAAAGAUUGAGGAAGAAAUCCACAUUAUCAGGCUCCAGCUGGAGACUACGAUAAAGCAAAAAGGCACAGCUGAGACUGAGUUACAGAACCUGAGGAACAAGGCCGCUGAGGCUGAGAAGCUCAGGAAAGCUGCUCAGGACGAGGCAGAAAGGCUUCGCAAACAGGUGAACGAAGAGACUCAGAAAAAGAAAAACGCAGAAGACGAGCUCAAGCGUAAAUCAGAGGCAGAAAAAGAGGCCGCCAAACAGAAGCAGAAAGCCCUGGAUGACCUGCAGAAAUUCAAGAUGCAAGCUGAAGAAGCAGAACGGCGCAUGAAACAGGCUGAGGAGGAGAAGGUGAGGCAGAUCAAAGUGGUAGAGGAGGUGGCGCAAAAGACGGCUGCCUCACAACUGCAGACAGCUUCAUUCAACGAGAAGGCAACAAAACUGGAAGAAUCGCUGAAGAAAGAACAAGGCACUGUCCUUCAGCUGCAGGAGGAAGCUGAAAAACUCAGGAAACAGCAAGAGGAAGCUGACAAAGCCAGAGCACAAGCAGAAAAAGAGCUGGAAACAUGGAGACAGAAAGCCAACGAGGCUCUUCGCUUAAGGCUACAAGCUGAGGAGGAAGCCCAAAAGAAGAGCCAGGCUCAAGAGGAAGCAGAAAGGCAGAAGAAUGAAGCAGAGAGAGAUGCAAAGAAAAAGGCUAAAGCUGAAGAAGCUGCACUUAAACAGAAAGAAAAUGCAGAGAAAGAGUUGGAAAAACAAAGGUCGUUCGCUGAAAAAAUAGCACAACAAAAGCUGUCGGCGGAACAAGAAUGCAUUCGAUUAAAGGCCGACUUUGACCACGCUGAACAGCAGAGAGGUCUGUUAGAUAAUGAAUUACAGCGUCUUAAAAAUGAGGUUAAUGCUACGGAAAAGCAGAGGAAACAACUGGAAGAUGAGCUGGCUAAAGUCAGAGGUGAAAUGGACGCUCUUCUUCAAAUGAAGCUCAAAGCUGAGAAAGAGACGCUGUCGAACACAGAGAAGAGCAAACAGCUUCUUGAAUCUGAGGUGAUGAAGAUGAAACAACUUGCAGAGGAAGCCACAAGGCUGAGAUCAGUCGCUGAAGAGGCGAAGAAGCAAAGGCAGAUCGCAGAAGAAGAGGCAGCUCGGCAAAGAGCUGAGGCAGAAAAGAUACUUAAGGAGAAACUAGCUGCCAUUAACGAAGCAACGCGUUUGAAGACCGAAGCAGAGGUUGCCCUGAAAUCUAAAGAAGCAGAAAAUGAAAGACUCAAGAGACAAGCUGAAGAUGAAGCGUAUCAGAGGAAGCUGUUGGAGGACCAAGCUGCUCAGCAUAAACAAGACAUUGAAGAGAAAAUCACACACCUGAAGAGCUCGUCUGACUCGGAAUUAGAACGACAAAAAACUAUAGUGGAAGAUACUCUGAGACAAAAGAAGGUGGUUGAAGAGGAAAUUCAUAUAAUUAAGAUCAACUUUGAGAAGGCAUCCAAAGAGAAGUCAGACUUGGAGAAGGAAUUAAAGAAACUUAAAAACAUUGCGGAUGAAACACAGAAGAGCAAGGUCAAAGCUGAGGGUGAGGCAGAGAAACUGAAAAAGCUUGCCACAGAAGAAGAGAAGAAAAGGAAAGAGGCUGAGGAGAAGGUGAAGAGGAUUACUGCAGCAGAGGAAGAGGCGGCUCGACAAUGCAAAGCUGCUCAGGAAGAAGUCGAACGGUUAAAAAAGAAGGCUGCUGAAGCGAAUAAACACAAAGAAAAGGCCGAGAAAGAGGCAGAGAAGCAGGUGAUUUUGGCUAAAGAGGCGGCACAGAAAUGCAGUGCUGCAGAGGUGAGAGCACAAGAUGUCCUGAGCAAGAACAAAGAAGACAUUCUCGCUCAAGAAAAACUCAAAGAAGAUUUUGAAAAUGCCAAGAAACUUGCACAAGCAGCUGAGAAAGCCAAAGAAAAGGCAGAGAAAGAGGCUGCCUUGCUGCGUCAGAAAGCUGAAGAGGCUGAAAAACAGAAAAAAGCAGCAGAGGAGGAAGCCGCUAAACAGGCCAAAGCUCAGAAAGAUGCAGAAAAACUGAAGAAAGAUGCAGAACAAGAAGCUUCCAAACGUGCAGCGGCUGAGGCUGCAGCUCUAAAGCAGAAACAGCAGGCUGAUGCAGACAUGGCCAAGCACAAAAAGGAAGCUGAACAAGCACUUAAGCAGAAGUCGCAGGUAGAGAAAGAACUCGUAGUGGUUAAACUGCAACUGGAUGAGACGGACAAGCAGAAAGCUCUGCUGGAUGAGGAGCUUCAGCGAGUGAAGGGUGAAGUAAAUGAUGCAGUCAAGCAGAAGGCACAAGUGGAAGAUGAACUGUCCAAAGUUAAGGUCCAGAUGGAUGAGCUCCUGAAACUGAAGCUUAAAUUUGAGGAAGAAAACCGGCGCCUGAUGAAGAAAGACAAAGAUAAGACACAGAAAUUACUCGCAGAGGAGGCUGAGAAAAUGAAGAAUCUAGCGGAGGAAGCUGCCAGGCUUAGCGUGGAGGCUGAAGAAGCAGCCAAACAGAGACAGAUCGCAGAGUCGGACUUGGCAGAACAGAGGGCUCUCGCAGAGAAAAUGCUAAAGGAGAAAAUGCAGGCCAUCCAAGAAGCUACUAAACUGAAAGCUGAAGCAGAGGAACUCCAGAAACAAAAGAACCAGGCACAAGAAAAGGCCAAAAAAUUACUCGAGGACAAACAGGAGAUACAGCAGCGACUCAAUAAGGAGACAGAGGGCUUCCAAAAGUCAUUGGAGGCUGAACGCAAGAGGCAGCUUGAAGUUUCAGCUGAAGCAGAGAAACUGAAGCUGAGAGUAAAAGAGCUCAGUGAUGCUCAGGCAAAAGCUGAAGCGGAGGCAAAGAAGUUCAAGACACAAGCCGAUGAGGUACACGCUCGUCUUCAAGUGGCAGAGAAACAAACUACAGAAAUAGUUGUGCAGAAGUUGGAGACGCAAAGGUUACAGAGCACCAAAGAAGCCGAUGACCUGAAGAAAGCCAUCGCUGACCUCGAAAAAGAGAGGGAGAAACUGAAAAAAGAGGCAGAGGAUCUUCAGAAAAAAUCUAAAGAGAUGGCAAAUGCCCAACAGGAGCAGGUAGAGCAACAGAAGGCCAUUCUGCAGCAAUCUUUCCUUUCAGAGAAGGAACUAUUGUUGAAGAGAGAAAAGGCUGUGGAAGAUGAGAAAAAGAAGCUUGAGAAACAGUUUCAGGAUGAAGUUAACAAGGCCAAAGCUCUUAAAGAUGAACAAGAACGUCAGCGCAACCUCAUGGAAGAGGAGAAGAAGAAACUUCAGGCCAUCUUGAAUGAAGCAGUGAAAAAACAAAAGGAGGCUGAGGCAGAGAUGAAAAAUAAGCAGAAGGAAAUGGACGUGAUUGAAAAGAAAAGGAUUGAGCAAGAAAAACUUCUGGAAGAGGAAAACAAAAAGCUGAGAGAAAAACUUCAAAAUCUUGAGGGUCCAUCCAAACAGGGAGCGUCGGCCACAAAAGAAAUUGAAGUCCAAACUGAUAAAGUUCCUGAGGAGCAGUUAGUCGCAAUGACAAUGGUGGGAACAACAAGGAAGGUGUUUAACGGCUCUGCUGAAGUGGAUGGUGAGAAGAAGGCUAGAGAAUCUCCGUUAUCAUUUGACGGAAUAAGAGAGAGAGUUCCAGCUGAAAGGCUUCAUGAUAUUGGAGUUCUUACCAAAAAGGAAUAUGAGAAAUUGAAAAAGGGAAAAACCACAGCACAGGAGCUUGGAAAGACGGACAAAGUUAAGAUGUGUCUUAAAGGUCAGAACUGUGUAGGAGGUGUCUUAACUCCAUCCAAAGAGAAAAUGAGUGUCUAUCAAGCCAUGACAGAGAACAAAAUUACUCCCAACACCGCCACAAUGCUUCUGGAAGCUCAAGCAGCAACUGGUUACAUUGUAGAUCCAGUGAAAAAUAAACUGCUGACAGUAGAUGAGGCUGUUAAAGAUGAGCUGAUCGGCCCUGAGCUCCAUGACAGGAUGCUUUCUGCUGAGCGGGCAGCCACUGGCUUUAAAGACCCUUUCACUGGAGAUAAAAUCUCUCUUUUUGAAGCCAUGAAAAAAGGACUUAUUGAAAAGGAGCCUGCCACCAAAUACUUAGAUGUCCAGCUUGCAACUGGUGGCAUCAUUGACCCCAUCAACAGCCACAGGGUACCUCUACAGACAGCCUACAAGCAGGGUCAGUUUGAUGCCGACAUGAAUAAGAAACUUACCGAUCCCAGUGAUGACUGUAAGUUAUUCAUUGACCCCAGUACUCAGGAGCAACUCACUUACAAACAGCUGCUGGACAGAUGUACCAAGGAUCCAGAGUCAGGCCUGUUGGUAUUACCAGUGACAGAGAAAGCUGCUCAGAGUGAGAGAACAUACACUGAUGCAGAGACACAAGAGGUGUUCAGUAAAUCAAAUGUUGAUGUGCCUUUCGGUAGAUUUAAAGGAAAGACUGUCACCAUUUGGGAAGUCAUCAAUUCUGAAUAUUUCACUGUAGAGCAAAGACGGGAACUGAUUCGCCAGUACAAGACGGGCAAGAUCACAGUGGAAAAAAUCAUCAAGAUUGUCAUCACUGUUGUGGAAGACAAGGAGAAAAAUAAUGAAAAUGUGUUCAAUGGUUUGAGGGCUACAGUUUCUCCCAAUGAACUUCUGGAGUCGAAGAUCAUAAACAAAGACUUGUUCAACAAGUUAAGCAAUGGCAAGGUAACAGUUAAGGAGGUUUCUGAGAUGGAGCCUGUGAAGAAAGCACUACAAGGAACACCAAGCAUUGCUGGACUUUUGAACGAACCAACUAAAGAGAAAAUGCCAUUUUAUCAAGCUAUGAAAAAAGAAUUGCUUUCUCCAGAGACUGCUGUGAACCUCCUUGAAGCUCAAGCUGCAACUGGAUUUUUAAUUGACCCUGUCAAAAAUGAGCGAGUCCCUGUUGAUGAAGCCGUCAAAUCAGGACUUGUGGGCCCAGAACUGCACGAACGACUUCUCUCUGCUGAGAGAGCUGUCAGUGGCUAUAAAGAUCCAUAUACUGGAAAGAACGUGUCCCUGUUCGAAGCCAUGAACAAAGGCCUCAUAAAGAAAGAGCAUGGAAUCCGUCUGCUUGAAGCACAACUCUCAACAGGUGGCAUUAUUGAUCCCGUGAAAAGUUAUCGCAUUCCACAUGAGGUUGCCGUCAAGCGUGGAUACUUUGAUGAGGAAAUGGCUAAGAACUUGAACAAGAACACUGAUGAAACCAAGGUCUAUUACGAUCCCAACUUACAACAGGAUUCCACCUAUGCACAGCUUAUGAAGAAAUGUGUCACAGACAAAGAAAGUGGACUCCCACUGCUUCCACUUUCUAAGAAAGCUCCAAAACCAAAAGAGGAACAAGAGAUUACAGAGGCAAAGACUAAAGAAGCCUUGAACCAGACAACUAUGGAGCUGGGAUACGGACCGUUUAAAGGCAGAAAAGUCACCAUUUGGGAAAUCAUACACUCUGAAUACAUCACUGAGGAGCAGAGGAUAGAGUUAAUUCGCCAGUAUAGAAUGGGACAAGUGACCAUUGAGAGGUUAAUAAAGAUUGUAAUAACAAUGGUGGAUGAAAAAGAGGACAAAGAAAAAGAAGCCUGUUUUGAUGGCCUUAGGGCACCAGUUACUGCUAGCUCUUUACUUGAUUCCAACAUCAUUGACAAGGCUACAUUUGAUCAACUACAACAGGGUAAAAUUACACCUAAAGCAGUUAGUGAAACUGAUGUGGUGAAGAAGUACUUGCAGGGCACUGACCGCAUUGAUGGUAUUACAAUGGGAGAGAAAAAUGAAAAGCUCAGCAUAUAUCAAGCAAUGAAAAAUAAUACUUUACAGCCAAACACCGGACUGGCACUUCUUGAGGCCCAAGCUGGAACCGGUUUCAUAACAGAUCCUGUCAAAAAUCUGAAACACUCUGUAGAUGAUGCUGUGAAGGCUGGAGUUGUUGGUCCAGAGCUUCAUGAGAAACUUCUCUCAGCUGAAAAAGCAGUGACUGGGUACAGAGAUCCUUAUACAGGCAAUAAAAUAUCUCUGUUACAAGCCAUGAAGAAAGAGCUUGUUUUAAGGGAGCAUGCUAUUCCUCUCCUUGAGGCUCAGUUUAGUACAGGAGGCAUCAUCGAUCCAGUCAGCAGCCAUCGUGUUCCCAACGAUGUGGCCAUUAAGCGUGGAUACCUAAGUAAACAAAUGGCCAAGUCUUUUAAUGAACCAUCUGGUGAUGUGAAAUGCUUCACAAAUCCCAACACCAAUGAAAAUGUCACUUACAAGCAACUGCUGGAGAAAUGCAUAAGAGAUCCAAAUUCUGGUUUGUGCUACCUGCCUCUGUCAAAGGCCGAAGGUCCUGCUCCUGUUGAGAAAUCCUAUCAGAUUACAGAGCAGCAGGCCCAAACAGAUCUCGCCAACACAGCAAUUGACAUCCCACAUAAGAGCUUUGCUGGAAAGAGUAUGACCAUUUGGGAGGUCAUGAAUUCAAAUAUGCUUCCAGAGGAGGAGAGGCGUCGUCUCAUGGAACAGUAUCGCUUGGGACAAAUCACAAAGGAAAGAAUGCUAAUCAUCAUUAUUGAAAUCAUUGAACAAAGGGAAGUUCUGCAAUCAGAGCAGGGCAUGUCAUGUGAUGUUAUCAGACGGAGAGUGACAAUUGAGGAGCUUUACGCUGCUCGAAUUAUUGACUUGCACACAUAUAACCUCCUAAAACAAGAAAAGAUGACAAUACGUGAGGUAAUGGAAAUGCCAUCAGUCAAACAAUACCUCUUUGGCACUGGUACUAUCGCUGGAAUUAUGUCAGACAAUCCUCCAAGAAUCAGCAUUUAUCAAGCCAUGAAGAAUGGACAGAUUAAGCCUGAAGUUGCUUUGAAUCUCCUUGAGGCCCAAGCAGCCACCGGAUUCAUGAUUGAUCCAGUGAAAGAUGAACUUCUAACGGUUGAUGAAGCUGUACGAAAGGGGCUUGUGGGCCCUGAACUUCAUGACAAACUUCUAUCUGCUGAGAGAGCAGUUACAGGUUACAAAGAUCCUUAUAGUGGAAAAGUGAUUUCUCUCUUCCAGGCAAUGAAAAAAGACCUGGUUCCAGAGGAUUAUGCUUUGAGGCUUCUGGAGGCCCAGAAUGCCACUGGAGGAUUGAUGGAUCCUGAAUACAACUUCCACCUUCCCACAGAUGUUGCUAUGCAGCGUGGAUACAUCAAUAAUGAGACAAUGGAGAGAAUAUCUGAGCCAACUUGUGAUGUGCGAGGUUUCACUGAUCCAACAACAGAUGAGAAACAGUCUUAUGCUCAACUGCUGAAAAGAAGCAGAGUUGAUAAACAAACGGGUCUGCGACUGCUGUCACUUGCAGAUAGAAAACUUCUCUUCAAGGGUCUCAGAAAGCAAAUCACUGUGGAAGAGCUGCUUCGUUCACAGAUUAUCGACCAAAAAACCUACAACGAACUCACUGAAGGUGUCAUCACAGUGGAGGAGGUCAGCAGGGAGCUCAAGAAAUAUCUUGAAGGUACCAGCUGUAUUGCUGGUGUGUAUGUAGAAUCUAGCAAAGAUCGUCUCUCUAUUUACCAAGCGAUGAAGAAGAACAUGAUUAGACCAGGCACUGCCUUUGAGCUGCUUGAAGCUCAAGCUGCCACAGGAUAUGUAAUAGAUCCUAUUAAAAACCUGAAACUUAAUGUCUCUGAAGCUGUUAAGAUGAAUGUUGUUGGCCCGGAGUUCAAAGACAAACUUCUGUCAGCUGAACGAGCUGUAACUGGUUACAAAGAUCCUUAUUCUGGAAAGGUCAUCUCUCUGUUCCAGGCAAUGAAAAAGGGUCUCAUCCUGAAAGACCAUGGCAUCCGUUUGCUGGAGGCCCAGAUUGCCACUGGUGGAAUUAUUGACCCACAGGAGAGCCACCGUCUGCCAGUUGAAGCAGCAUAUGAACGUGGCCUCUUUGAUGAGGAAAUGAAUCAGAUCCUCACUGACCCAUCUGAUGACACAAAGGGCUUCUUUGACCCCAACACUGAGGAAAACCUGACCUACCUUCAGCUGAUGGAGAGAUGUAUGACUGAUCCAGAAACUGGCUUAGCCCUUCUGCUACUGAAAGAGAAGAAGCGUGAGAGGAAAACAUCUUCCAAGUCAUCUGUUCGCAAACGUAGGGUCGUCAUCGUUGAUCCUGAAACAGGAAAAGAGAUGUCUGUGUACGAGGCCUAUCAGAAAGGCCUCAUUGACCACCAGACUUACAUAGAACUGGCAGAGCAGGAGUGUGAAUGGGAAGAAAUUACAAUCACCUCAUCUGACGGAGUUGUUAAGUCCAUGAUCAUUGACAGAAGGUCCGGUCGGCAGUAUGACAUUGAUGAUGCAAUAUCAAAAGGCCUAAUUGACAAGUCGGCUCUUGAUCAAUACAGAGGAGGAACUUUGUCCAUCACAGAGUUUGCAGACAUGCUGUCUGGAAACAUGAGUGGUGUCAGAUCACGGUCAUCCUCCUUCGGCUCCUCUUCCUCUUACAAUAUGAGCCCAAUACCGAGCAUCAAAACACCAGCAACCACAUGGAACGAUCCAACAGAGGAAACCGGCCCCGUAGCUGGAAUUCUAGACACAGAUACAUUGGAGAAAGUGUCCGUCACAGAAGCCAUUCACAGAAACCUUGUGGACAAUAUAACUGGUCAAAGGUUACUGGAAGCUCAGGCUUGCACAGGAGGCAUCAUUGACCCAAAUACAGGAGAGAAAUUCACUGUUGCAGAUGCAAUGAACAAGGGGCUUGUGGAUAAAAUCAUGGUUGACCGCAUUAGUCUUGCCCAGAAAGCCCACAAUGGAUUUGAGGAUCCUAGAACCAAAACCAAAAUGUCAGCAGCCCAAGCCCUAAAGAAAGGAUGGCUGUACUACGAAGCUGGACAAAGAUUCCUUGAGGUUCAGUACCUCACUGGUGGAUUAAUUGAACCAGAUGUUACCAGCAGAGUCUCUAUUGACGAAGCUGUGAAAAAAGGCACCUUAGAUGCACGCACUGCUCAGAAGUUACGAGAUGUUAGUGCUUAUUCCAAAUACCUCACAUGCCCCAAAACCAAGCUUAAAAUAUCUUACAAGGAUGCUAUGGACAGAAGCAUGAUAGAGGAGGGUACAGGUCUACGACUACUUGAAGCUUCAUCUCAAUCCAGCAAAGGCCUGUACAGUCCCUAUAGCAUAAGUGGGUCAGGUUCUGCUACUGGGUCAAGGUCUGGCUCAAGGACUGGUUCCCGGUCAGGCUCCAGAAGAGGCAGCUUUGAUGCCACAGGAUCAAGUUUCACAACUACCUUCUCCUCAUCUUCCUACAGUUCACCGAGCUACACCCGUCGAUACUGAUGAGUUGAGGAAUGAUUUUAAGGGAAGGAUACACUAAAAAACCACAGAGGUCACCAGAUGCCUAAUUCUCAGUGGAAUAAAGACUACCUUUAUUCUGCUCUGCAUAUGGUCAUUAUUAAGAGUUUUAAUGUUUAAUUUUAUACAAGUUGAAUUAUUUUGGUAACUGUAUAUUUCAUAUUUACUUUUAGUCAUGUUUAUGCUUUCAUAUCGGACUUUGGGAUUCCUGUAUUGUAAGCAGAUUACAUACAGGUCUGUUUAGCAUUUACAGUAUGUACCAGAAAAAUGUACAUGAUAUUUUUAAGUUGCAAGCAUUAACUGUUCCACAAACAAGACUAAGUUUUAAUAUUAUGAUCACUUCCUUGUAACCGUAAAUCUUAUGACUAUUAAACCUGAAGUGGAACCAAAAAUUGGGUGUACAAAAAAAUUUUUUCUGUACAUGUAUAUUUUUAUGAAUAUUGAACAUUUUCAGUAAAGCGAGAUAAAAGCCACUCUGCAGAGCAGAAUUAAGAGUCUUCUGAAAAUUAAUAAUAUUAAGAGUACCUGCUUUAAAAAAAGAAAAAAAUGCCAAGCUUCAAGAUCUUUUCUCUCCUGGGAUACAAUGCUGCAUAUUCUCUGCCAGUAUGUGAAUUCCACUCCAUUCCCAAUUAUUUUCCACAAAAUCUGGAGUUACAGUGACAAGUGUGGAUUGUGAUAAACUGUAAAAAGCAAGCUUCGACAUAAAGGAAACUGAAUGGAUUCUACUUAAUAUGAUGAAUGAACCCAUCUGACAGCUCUGGACAUUAUACACUCAACCUUCAGACCAACACAAACAAGUCCCUGUUUCAUCAGACACUUAAAAAGAUGUCAUCUUCAGUUUAUCGCCUCUCCAGGUUUUUGCUCAGAUGUCUUCCUGAACCCUUGGCAUUUAUUUUAGUCUCCAUUUAAAGUAGAUAUUUUAUGCAAAAUCAGAGAAACGCACUAGCUCUUACAAUAUUUCAGUCGAUUUUUUUCAAAUGGACCAUUUUGAAACUUGCAUUUUAUCCUGAAAUCCUACAAAGACCUAAAACGUGCUUUUGUAAGUGCCUGCAAGAUACUGUAAAACACUUUAAAACAAAGUAAAUAUUACAAGAUGGUACAGUAGUUUUACUGUAAACAGACUGAUGCAUGAAAGAAAGAGCAAUGCUAUCCGCACUUCUGAAUAGCAUAAUUACUGUGUUAUCAGGUUGUCAAGCCUUCUUACUGUCCAGGUAGUUCACAAUUUAACUUUAGUUUCAGUUUCAAAUCCGGUAGUUUCACAGGGCUAAAACCAAUGUUUUGAAUGUUUAUUAGCUAAUAUUUACUGAAUUGUCUUUUCCCAUUUUAGUGGGAAUAUUCACAGACAAGUAUUGUACUGUAUAUCGAUGACUAUAUAGAGCACUAUUGCUGAAAGCCAUUAAUUAACAUUUCUUUGAGAAAGAUCUUUAAGCUUUGCCACCAGUAUUUGUAUUUCACCACAUAUAAUUGUUCUGAUUUUAAUUCUUCUUUGUAAAGCAACACAUUCAAUCUAUAUCAUUUUAUUUUCAUACUCUAUUUCUGCUAUGCAUGAUUUACUAACAUUUAAAGGUUGCAAAACUGAAAUAGUUGUAUCCAUUAAAGCAUUUGUUUAUUAUUACGUUUCAAAAGGUUUGAAGGAUGUAUUUUAAUGAGGGUUAUCAAGCCUUGUUUAAAAUGGUGUAUUUAUAAUAAAUGGUGACAAGGAAUUUACUGUAACACCUUAUGCUAUGUAAAUAAAAAUGGAAAUGAAA